CCCGGUCCUUCCUCAUGAGUCCAGUCACCCGGUUCAUCUUCGCCUCCGACAAGACAAUACCAGUGUCCACGUUUGACUCGUGAGCGGGACGAGGCACCCCUGACCAGACGUCAUGGCGAUAUGGCCGUUUGGUCGCAAAAAUAAGCGGCAUACGAUUCAGCUCGAUGCUCCGGCCGCCGUGGCAGACGUCCCGCCGACGCAGGACCCUCGCCACAGCCUCGACAACAGCAAGUUAGGCAGGAAACUGUCCCGGAAGCAUUCCAAGCGGCAGAAGAAUCGGCACGCUCAGCCGGUGGAUGAAAUCCCGAGUGCCCUGCGCGAUGCUGCCCAUCCGGCGGCCUCACAGCCUGUCCAGUAUCCUCCACCUACGUCACAUGGUGAGCAGCCGGCCCCGAUGAAAGAAAACCACCGCCUUCCCGCCUCCCGGACGGGCCAGCACUCCGACGGCUACACCACUCACUCCAACAUGAGCCACGAUCCUCCGUCGGUGUCUCGGUCUGCCUCGUUGCUGAGAUCCAAGCGGAGCGAAAAUGGCCCGGCCGUGCUGAAGAAAAGGCUGAGUAAGCGGAAGGCAUACGAAAUCGCCAGGGAGCGCGAGAUUCGCAUGAUGGCUUCCGCUCCGAUCGAUAUCCCCCGUCGUCCCUCCCCGCUGCCCAGUGAGCAGUUCUCCGUCGAGACGCGCAGGGGUGCCGGAACUCAAAGUCGACGUUCGGAUCGGCACGUAUCUGACGUCAGUCUCUCCGGGCGGGACUCGGCGGCAUCCUCCCUUUCCGACGUCUUCGAAUCCUAUACCUUCAAGGUCAACACCUUCGCUGCCUGGACGCCGCGUCCUAUCAUCCGCUAUGUGGAAGCUCCGCGGGUGUCGACCGCCAAAAGCCAAAAGCCGACCGAAGCCUCCAUCCGGAGGGACAAAACCACACCGCACACCGCUCACGACGAGAACAUCCACUCGAAGAAGCGGGUAGAUAGGCUGGCCGAUGAUCUCGAUGCGGGCGCUCUCCGAGAGUUGCUCGAUCGAGACCGCCGGCGUCGGGAAAGGAAGCAGGUCGACGACCAGGAAAAGCUCCAUCGCAAGCUGCAACAGGCGGCUGAACAACAACGACAGCAGGAGGCAGCUGAAGAAGCCUCUCAGAACCCGCAGACUCAACCCGAAGCCUUCUCGGAAUCUCAGCGUGGCCGGCCUGGUGCUGAAAGCCGCGUGGAGCCCGACCGGGAGGGCGACGAUGCCCCGCGCAUUAAGGCAGCCAACACGUUCCCGGGCGGCGAACCUUCGGGGUCAUGGCUGAGAGGCGCUUCCAAAGACACCGCACGGCAUGCCCAUGAGUCCAUGGAAAGCGUUCAUGUCAUCGGCAAUAUAGAUGAUAGCUCCAUUCGGGGACCGAAACUCGGCAUGCGCCGCAGCUUUGCUCCGUCCCAGGACAUGGGGAUGUCCCGUAGCGAUCUGUCUCACUCUCCCUCCCGACGUGAGCUUUACAGCCCGACUUCUUCACAGCUCUAUGGCAUGGGCCGCGAAUCCACAUCCGAUGUGUCGCGGACAAUAGACUCGGACCGGCGCCUGUCUGACCAUAGCAGCGGACGUGUCAACACCAUAACCUCCAUCUUCCGACGUGGUAGCUCGCGUCUCAAGCGGAGCUACCGCGAACGGUUCCAUGAACGCACCCCGGAAUACUCGAACCCGUCGCAUGAAUCUUUCUUCAAGGUUCAGACGCAAUCGUCGGGUCCGCCGCCGUUUGUUCCUCCACGCACCUUCCUCGGCUCAGGCACCAUCAAACGGUCGCAGUCGAAGUUUACCGAGCACUUUGGCGACGAGCCCCUGUCUCCACCUGACUCACGCCUCCAAUCUCCUGAUAUACCUGAAGUGUUGGACGAAUUCGAAAGAGAGAAUGAGAUGGCCGAUAUGAAUGUGGGAACACAGUAUCCCAUCCCUAGUUCUGGGUCUGAAGCCCAGGAUAUCCAAAAUAACCGACAUCAGUCUUGGACGGGCGAAAGCUGGGAAAGUAACCCGGACAACGUUCCCUUGUCCCAAUCCUUAGCGUCGAUCGACUCUGAAGGGUCUUGGAUGUCGGGGCAAUUCCUGCGGCGUAUAUCCCAAAAGAAGGCAAGCAACCCCCUUCGAAGCAGCCUGAGUUCGUCGCAAAAUAUCAUGGAAGAAAGACGCGACGGCCCGAAGGACGAGGAGAUCCCCACCAACGAGCCGCUCGUCCGAUUCGGAACCAACCAGGAGGAUACCCCCAAAGCCGACACGGAUAGGCCUGGUGCGGAGCCCGACAAGGAGAUGGCCAUGGGCCAGGUACCUGAACACGCAGAAGAAACCUGGCAUGAUCAGAUUGCACGGCGACCGGUGCUCGUGGCUCCGAGCAUUCGUCCCAAGUCUAACGAAGGUCUACUGAGGAACGUUCAGUCGUUCUGCGCCGACGAGGAAUUCAGCCCCAUCGAAGAGCAUUCCGGGGAGUUUGAGUUCGAAAUGCAGGACGAGCCCGACAGCGGACAUCUCAACUGAGCCAGAUUCUCCGUGGGGGAAUCCUACUUCUUAUCCCUCGGGGUCGACAUCUGUGACGCCAUGAUCUUCGGGGGACGUUCACCA